AUGGGGGGCCGGAAAAACCACUGUUCUUCGUCCGUUGCAUUACCUAUUAAAAAUAUUGAUUGUGCUUAUCUUUUCUUCCGUUGUUUCUUUAUACUUUCCAUUCGUUUUGCAUCUGAUAUUGCAUUGAGCACCUUAACUGACACAGAACUAAUUGCAGAGAUAUCUCCAGAGACCGAAAUCUUGAUUCCCUUGUGGACAUAUUGCCUCAUUUGUCCACCAGACACAGAAAAUCAAACAGAAAUGGAAGAAGCUUUCGAGUCUGCACAGACACUCGAAGACAUCUUCAAAGCUUUUGAAGACAUGUCAUCUGCUUUUGAAGAGGAGGACUUAUGUCUGGCUUUCUUGAAAGCAAGCCUUGAUCUGAACCAAGAAGGUGAUGACAAUGAGAAAGGUCUGUAUGAGAGAGUUCUGGAUUUUGGGAAUAGAGCUUUGCCGAUCUUGGAAAGUGGCAAUAAAGCUCCUCUACCAGUUGCCAUGACUUUAAAUACGAUGGGUGCUGCUAGCUACCACCUGAAGAAAUUAAAUGACAGCUUAGGGUAUCUAAAUAGAGCUAAUAGGAUACUGAUAAAGUUGGAAGAAGAUGGCGUCAAUGUUGAUAAUGUCAGGCAUGUUCUUUUUGCGGUUCUGCGUGAAUUGUAUAAAACGAACAAUGCAAUGGGGAGAACCGAGGAAGCUAUUAUCAAUCUUCGGAGGGGUUUGGAAUUGCAAGAGAAAGCUCUAGGGCCAGAAAGCAGUGAGGUUGCCAUGUCAAAUCGGAAGUUAGCACAAAAAUAUUUGGAAGUUAUGAAUUUUAAAGAUGCUUUGCCUUUUUGUUUGAAGGCAAUAGAGAUACAUACGGCUCAACUAGGUAACAAUUCAGUGGAGGUUGCAUCUGAUAGGGGUAUCCUUGGGCUUAUCUACAGUGGGUUGGAAGAACAUGAGAAGGCAACAGAGCAAAAUGAACUCUCAAAGAAGAUUCUAAAGAAUCAGGGUCGUCAUUCUGAUCAACUUACUGUAGAAAUUGGUGCUGCUGCUAUGCAGAUUGCCUUGGGGAGGUAUGAUGAGGCACUUAAUAUUCUAAAAGAUAUUGCUCAGCGGACAGACGAAGAGAAUGAAACUCCAGGUACUGUGUUCCUUUUAAUGGCAAAAGUCUUGUGUAAUCAGGAGAAGUUUGCUGAUUCAAAGAGGUACCUUGAAAAAGCAUGGGGAAUUCUUGACAAGAAAGCAAUUGUUUCCUCUGAAUUAGUUGAAGAUAUGGCUUCCUCUAAAUUAGUUGUUGUAGCUUACAUGGAGAUUUCAAUGCUUUAUGAGACAAUGAAUGAGUUUGAAACUGCAAUUUCACCACUAGAAAAAUGUAUGGCCAUAGUUGAGAAGCUUCCACAACUACGACCCUCAAAAUGGUGUGUUUCUGCAAGAAUAGGUCGGUUACUUCUGUUGACAGGGAAGGCGACUCAGGCGUUACCAUACUUGGAAAGUGCAUCAGAAAUUUCACAGAAGUGCUUUGGGUCAAAGUACAUUGAAGUGGGGUAUAACUACAACAAUUUAGGUGCAGCAUAUUUGGAGUUGGACAAGCCUCAGUCUGCUGCACAAAUGUUUUCUGUUGCCAAGGACAUCAUGGAUGCGUCUCUUGGCCCUCAUCAUGCUGAUUCGAUUGAAGCAUGUCAGAACCUUUCAAAAGCUUAUGGUGCCAUGGGGAGCUAUACACUUGCAAUGGAGUUCCAGCAGCGAGUGAUAGACGAAUGGGAGAGUCAUGGACCAAGUGCAGGAGAUGAAUUCAAAGAAGCACACCGACUUUUUGAACAGCUUAAGAAGAAGGCUCGUGGUUCAUCAUCAGAUGAGGUUCCUAAAAAGGCUUUGCUUCUGCCUCGAAUUAGUGAAGUUUCUGGUAUCCGGAACUCCAGACCUAAUGCUCAAGUUAGUGAGAAGUGA